AUGGAUGAGGAGUACUACAUGUUUCGCAACGAAGGGUCCGAUCAUGACAACAUGGAUGAUGACGAGGAAGGGAGCAUGUCGUCUGCUAUACCUAGCGAGGUUGAUCCAUUAGAAUUUGUUUACACAAACAUCCCCGACACCACUCACAUCCUGAAGCUCGACGCAAACUGCAAACACUGCAAGGCCAAAAAGUUUGUCUCUGAGACCGACGGGUUCUGCUGUCACAAUGGCCAGAUCGAACUUAAACAACCGGAGCCAAUCCCAGAGCUGAUGAGGCUAUGGUCAAGCAUGGAUGCAGAUUCUAGACAUUUUCGGGAGAACAUACGGUUCUUCAACGGGCAUUUCGCCUUCACAACCCUUGGCGUCAGCCUUGAUGAGAACUACACAAACAUGAAGUCUGGGGUGUACACAUUCCGUGCGCACGGCUCCAUCUACCACAAUGGGCAUUCGUUCGGGCCUAGCUCCCGUCCAGAACAUCUGCAGUUGUACUUCUAUGAUGACGACCCAACCAUAACUCAUCGUAAGGUGGCCACCAAGCAAUUAGACCAGGAUGUCGUGAAGAAGUUAGUAGACAUACUCAAAGAAAACCCGUACUCCCAGCAAUUUAGGAGUUUGGGUGCACACAAGGACAACCUCGAUGAUUAUAGGAUAGACCUAAACACCGAUAAGAGGCUUGACCAAAGAAGAUAUAAUAGACCGUUGUCAUCUGAGGUCGCUGCAAUUUGGGUUGAGGGCAACGACCUAGCAAAAAGGGGGGAGCUAGGUUGGCAUCCAAAGCUACUUAAACGUAAUGUAACGGAGGAGGUUGUACUACAUUCUCAACUGGUCCAUGAUGAUGAUGAGGAUGCAGAGGGCAACAGCACGUUGUGCGUCUCUGUCAGAGACUACUACUGUUACAUGCUGCAGACACGGCCUGGAAUCUUCAAUCCCAUACUCUGUGGAGCACGCCUCUUGCAGCAAUGGGCGGUCGACAUGUACGUCAAGAUUGAAAGUUGUCGGUUGAGGUGGUACAGGAAAAACCAGACGCAGAUUCGUGCCGACUUGUAUAAAGGAGUUGUUGAUGCAAUCACAUCGGGGGAGACGCGAGCAAGCGCUGUUGGGGUAAGAAUAGUGCUCCCUGGAACAUACCCUGGUGGCGACCGCGACAUGAAGAAGAGGCAUAUGGAUGCCAUGGAAAUUGUCCAUACAUAUGGGAAGCCUGACAUCUUCUUGACCAUGACUUGCAAUCCUAAAUGGGAAGAGAUAACGAAUGAGUUGCUGCCUGGUCAGACGGCGCAAGACCGACCUGAUAUUGUGGCUCGCGUGUUCUACGGCAAGCUAGAGGCUAUGAAGGACAUGUUGUUCAAGAAGCAUAUCCUGGGUGUUGUUGUCGCAUAUGUAUACGUAGUCGAGUUCCAAAAAAGGGGCCUCCCCCACACACAUUUUUUGUUGAUCAUGGACUCUAAAUAUAAGCUUAUCGUCCCGGAGCAGUAUGACCGACUCAUUUCCGCAGAGCUCCCAGACAAGCAUAAGUAUCCGGAAUUGUAUGCUAUGGUGGUAAAACAUAUGAUGCACGGACCAUGCGGUGCUCUCAACCCGAAGAAUGUUUGCAUGCAAGAAAACAGAUGCAAGUGCAGAUACCCAUGGCCGUUCAAUGAAAACACAUCACAGGGGAAGGACUCAUACCCAAUUUAUCGGCGUAGAGACGAUGGAAGGCGUGCUAAGGUCCGAGGGAAGAUGUUGGACAACAGAUGGGUUGUGCCUUAUAACCCAUACCUGCUGCGGAUGUUCAAUUGCCACAUCAACGUUGAGGUCUGCUCUAGCAUAAAGGCCGUCAAAUAUCUUUACAAGUACAUUUACAAGGGCCAUGAUAAGGCUUCUUUCAGCAUCGACCAUCCCGACGCCGAUGGUAACAUUGAUGAGAUCAAGAGAUACGUUGAUGCAAGGUGGAUCACCCCUCCGGAGGCUAUGUGGAGGAUAUUUGGCUUUCCACUUUGCGCCAAUUACCCACCUGUCUUGCAGUUGCCUCUUCAUCUCCCGAAUAUGCACAGGGUCGCAUUCAAUGCACAGGCUGACUUGAAGAAUGUUGUCGCCUCCGAAAAUAAUUCAAAAUCCAUGUUAACGGAGUAUUUCAAGGCUAACCAGGAACACCCUCGGGCUAGGCAUAUAUUGUACAAGGAUUUUCCCGGAAGCUUCACGUGGCAGAAGAAAAAGAAGUUUUGGAAGCCGCGGGUCGAGCGUUUUCAAAUAGGUCGCAUCGUGUCUGCCAAUCCUGCCGAGGGUGACCGAUACUACCUGCGUGUGUUGCUAAACCAUGUUACGGGCAAAACAUCCUUCGACGACUUGCUCACCGUGGACGACGUUCUAUGUGGGAGCUUUAGAGAAGCUGCUGAAAGGUUGGGACUCAUCGAGGCAGACAACACGCUCGACAACUGUCUUACUGAGGCUGAGCAGUGGGCGAUGCCAUGUUCUCUUAGGAGGCUCUUCGCAACCAUCUUGGUGCACUGCGAGCUAGGCGACGUGCGUGGUUUAUGGGAUAGGCACCUCGAUCCUAUGUCAGAUGACUAUCGUCGAUCACGCACGUCCCCUAUCGAGGUGGAGCAGAUGGUGUUGCUUGACAUUAGGGGUAUGUUGCAGUCCAUGGGUAAAGACAUUGUUGAUUUCGCUCUUCCAAGCAUAGAUGAUGCGUUUGACCCAACCGAGGGUGAGGCAAGAGAGGUCAUCGAGGAAUCAACUGUUGAGUUUGACGUGGAUGAUACUAAAUUGGCAUCUUCCCUGAACUUGGAGCAAAGGGCCGCAUACGAUGAGAUACUAGCGGUUGUUGAACGCGGUGAUGGGGGUGUAUUCUUUGUUGAUGGCCCUGGAGGUACAUGGAAGACCUUUCUAUACAGGGCGAUGCUUGCCAAGGUGAGGAGCGAUGGCAAUAUUGGUAUCGCUACCGCGACGUCGGGCGUCGCCGCUUCUAUCAUGCCUGGCGGCAGGACUGCCCACUCGAGGUUCAAGAUCCCAUUGAGUUGCGAUGAUGGAGCCUCGUGCAGCUUCAUGAAGCAGAUUGGGACCGCCAAGCUGCUUAGGAUGGCCUCAUUGAUAAUAUGGGACGAGGCCAGCAUGACGAAACGACAAGCGGUCGAGGCAUUGGACAAUAGCAUGCGCGACAUCAUGGGAAUACGCGACCGACCCUUUGGAGGAAAGACUGUUGCUUCCGGUCGUCAGAAGGGGGCCGCGGGGCCAGAUAAUUGA